AGAGCGCCUGGGAGCCGCCUGUGGGCAGGAGAGGUUCUGUCAAAUGCGAGGUUCCUUUAAUAAGAGCGACCAGUCCGGCUCCGAGAGUCAUGGCGACCGCAGCGUCUAACCACUACAACAUUCUCACCUCCAGCGCAUCCAUCGUGCACUCGGAGCCCGGCAGCAUGCAGCAAGCCACGGCGUACCGGGACGCGCAGAGCCUGUUGCAGAGCGACUACCCGCUGCAGAGCAACAGCCACACGCUCAGCCACGCACACCAGUGGAUAACGGCGCUGUCCCACGGAGAGGGAGCCCCGUGGUCCUCGAGCCCGCUCGGCGCGGAGCAGGACAUUAAACCCGCGGUGCAGGGCGCCCGGGACGAGAUGCACAAUUCCAGCAGCAACCUGCAGCACCAGUCACGGCCGCCCCACCUGGUGCACCAGACGCACGGGAACCACCACGACGCCCGCGCGUGGAGAACCACCACGGCGGCGCACAUACAGAGCAUGGCGACGACAAACGGCCAAAGCCUUAUUUACUCUCAGCCGGGCUUCACCGUCAACGGGCUCAUCCCGGGCAGCGGGCAGGGGAUGCACCACCACAACCUAAGAGACAGUCACGAAGACCACCACAGCCCGCACCUCAGCGAACACGGCCACCCUCCGUCCCAGCAUCAGCACCAGCACCGGCCGCAGAGCCACCACGACCACUCGGAUGAGGAUACGCCGACCUCGGACGACUUGGAGCAGUUCGCCAAGCAGUUCAAACAGCGCAGGAUCAAGCUGGGAUUCACGCAAGCGGACGUGGGACUCGCCCUGGGGACCCUGUACGGAAAUGUGUUUUCGCAAACCACCAUAUGCAGGUUUGAGGCCCUGCAGCUCAGCUUCAAAAACAUGUGCAAGCUGAAGCCUCUAUUGAACAAGUGGCUGGAGGAGGCGGACUCCACCUCGGGCAGCCCGACCAGCCUGGACAAAAUCGCGGCGCAGGGGAGGAAAAGAAAAAAACGGACUUCAAUCGAGGUAAGCGUAAAAGGAGCUUUGGAGAGCCAUUUUUUGAAGUGCCCUAAACCGGCAGCGUCGGAAAUAAUCAGCCUGGCGGACAGUCUGCACCUGGAGAAAGAAGUGGUGAGGGUUUGGUUUUGUAACAGGAGACAGAAGGAAAAACGCAUGACCCCUCCGGGAGGAGCGCUGCCGGGGAGCGAGGAUGUGUACGGGGACACGCCGCCGCACCACGGGGUCCAGACCCCGGUCCAAUGAACUCUGCCGGACCGGCUCCUCCAGGACUUGUUUACCGUUUUAAUUUAUCCCACCCCCCAAGGUUAUAUAUAAAUCACUGGACUAUGAAACGAUAUAGUGGGUGUUUUAUGUAUAAUAGAUUGCAGUGAUUACUGACACAAUAUCUGCAGUGAAUAUCUGAGAAAUGGAAAACGAGUGACGGGAGGACAGGACAUUUUUUGUCCUCCCCUCUCGCAGAGCUGAAGGAACAUAAGCCCGUGUUAUGUUCUCCGAGGAUACAUGCCCAGCACUGUGACUCCAGACGACGCAGUUUCAAGGUGUAGCCCCUAUUGUGUACUGAAAUUAUACUUGACGAAAAAAGGAGGGGAGGGGAAGAAUGGUUUUAGAAGAAAAGCUUCCAUUUUCCAGUUUUUUUUCUUCUUCUAUUUUUUAAUAUAUAUAUCAAUUCCAACCUUUUUGGGGCUGUGCGUAAAAGGGAAAUCAAAGGCGUUUUUUUUAUCUUUUAUUUUAUUUUCGUUUCUUUUUCUUUUUUUUUAGUUUUGUGGCUCUAAAUUGUGCGUCCAGCAGUGAUGGGUGUGUGGGUAGUGCAGUGGGAGGUCAAAGGAGCUGCGUUAAUGGAGUAAAGUGGAGGCCGGUAUAGGCUUCAGCCCCAGUGCAGUGGAGUCCAGCUGAGGGUGAGCAUCGCCUGAGUCCCAUCUGUCAGCCAGACCGCUUUUAAUUAUUCUGUGUGGACUGAGGUCACCAUUUAGUUAAGAACACAUUAUUAUUAUUAUUAUUAUUAUUAUUAUUAUUAUUAUUAUUAUUAUUAUUAUUAUUAUUAUUAUUAGUGCACGUGCAGCUCACUGGUUAAACUCUUCAGUAUAAAUGGCCUGAGCGCAGAGAUGUGGUAAAUAAAAAGUGUGUGACCUCUAUCGUGAGUCAGCCAGCAGUCUAAACAACAAAGUCCGUGUUUUCCACACAACAAGCGUUAAAUAUUAUUAUUUCCCCCCUCAGAGCGUCUCCCAGCUCCAGGAUUGGGGCUCCGUGGCGAUUGAUUGGAUUAUAUGGCACCUUUUUCUUUUUUUCUCUUUUUUUUCUUCUCCCCACAACAGGAUGGGCUCCACACACACACACACACACACACACACACAGAUCUCGACACAAGCAACUCUCACAGAACAGUUUGGAUCCGCUUUUGUAAAUAUUGUAUAACUUUAAAAAGUCAUCCCUCUUUUUUCUCGCUUUUUCUUCACUGGGGCACUUUUUCCCAUUUUCUUUCAUUUUUUUUGUCCCCCUCCCCCCAAAAAACAAAAAAACAAAACAAAAAACAAAACAAAACAAAAAUCACACACAAGCAGGUUGAGCUUCAGAGUCCAUAGCCUAAACCCACCGCCUUGCACUUGUGUACCUUUUUUAAAUGGUUCGGACUUUUUUUCUUUUUGUUUCUUUCUCUCUUUUUUUGGUAACGCGUUAAUUUUGACGUCCAAAAAUGUCUGCUAUUUUUGUUUGUUUUUUAAAUUCCUCUGAACUUUUAUUUUGCAUUAUUAUUAUUAUUAUUAUUAUUUAUUUAUUUUUUUUUGGCUUAAAUCGCCUAGUAAGAGUUUUCUUUCGCCAUUUUGCGCCCGCUCUGAAAUAAAAACAGUGCUUUAAGAGUGAAUCCACAUAAAUAUGGCAGAGAAAUGUCCACAAAUAAACGAUCUAAGGGGAGGAUUACAAAACAAAAUUAAUGUGCGAAUAAUUUGUCCUCAAAACAUAUUUUAGUGACGUUCCAAAAAUUGCAGCAUAUGAUCAAAAUUAUUAUUAUUUUACAAUAACCAUGCAGCCUUUUUGUUCGUCUGUUUUGCCUUUUUUAUAUAACGGGGGGAAAUUGCGCGUAGACAUUUUAUUUAAUGUUAUUUUUUUUAGUUUUGUUAAUGAGAUUGUAAUUUAUUCUGGGUGGCUUUUACAGAAGAGACAAAGGGUGAGAUAUAUAAGAAAUGAAGAGCCGAGAAGGCUUUUGUUUUGUAGGGGACGGGGUGACAGAAUGAGAGACCUAUUUUUCUUUCUUUUUUUGUAAUAGCGGGAUUGCCACAGCCUCGACCGUCACAGCUAAAUGUAUAUACAUGUUUUUCUCCGUGCAGUAGCUCGCCCUUUUGUUUUAUGCAAAGAGAGAAAUCCAGGGACUUUUUUCCCCUCUCAUGUGGAAACUGCUUUUCUUUUCUCCUCCUCUUCCUUCUCUGUGUUUCAUUUGCAGAAAAAAUAAUAAUAAUAUCAUUAACAAGCAGAAACCAUCAUGGCAUUGAAAUCUUUCUUCCAGUAGCUUUAAAACCAAUCGAUCCAAGUCACAAUUCACUGGAAAUACAAGUUGUGGGAUGUAGACCUGUAGCAAUCCAACGCUGUUCUUCUUGCUGUUUUUGUUUAAUUGCUUGUUUGUUUGUUUUGUUUUUUGUUUGUUUGUUUUUUUUUGGGGGGGGGGGGGAUAGGCUAUGUCAUAUUCACUGGAUGAACUUGGGGUAGAUAUGACGCAGAGGUGAGGAAUGCCUGCAGGUGUUUCAUCACUUGACACAUGAACAACGGACUUGCACAUUUUUAAAUAACGGGGUUGAUAUUAAACAGCUUUUUUCCAACGUCGAGGCUAAAUGUAUUUAUUUUAUUUACACACACACACACACACACACACACACAUAUGUAUACACAUAUAUAUAUUUCCGUGAAACCCAGCAAAUCAGGGAGCUGCUGCACUGAGUUGCCUGACAGCUGUGCUGUUAAAAAAUAUGCUUCUUGCUUUGAGCCCAUUCGUUUGAGUGGAAUUAAUGGCCGAGAGAAAAUCAGGGUUGAUGAAUGGAAGAUUGUGAGCCGAUGAUGUGUUGUUUCUGCCCCGAGGCUGCUUUUAAAUGAACUGGCUUUGGCUGGGAAAACCACAGCUUCCAUCUAGGGUUAAAUUAGGGCUUCCCAAAGUGGAGUCCGAGGACUAAAAAGUGGUCAUUUUGGAGGGCUGAAUCACGGUCCAAUGCGGUAAUCUUUUUCUUUUACUAAUAUGUGGACUUUUUCUUUUAUCACGCAGGAUUACACACAAAGAUUGUGAGCAGAUGUAGAUGUUUUUAUUUAGUUUUCCCCCCUUCUUUUGCUCCUCUUCUCCUCCCUUGAAUGACGCUGUCUAGUUUAUUUCUUAAGAUAAUUAAUUAAUCUAAGAAGACAAAAAUGUAUCUUAUGAAGUCAGCUUCAACCCUAAGCACAACUUUAGGCUGUCGUGAUUAAAUGAGGGUUAAAAGACUGGCAAUUGAACGCAUCGCGACGAUGCUUUCCUGAUUUCAGAUAAAACCUGAACGCUUUAAAUUUGUCCCGAUGUGCUAACAUAAAAAAUACUAAGAAAAAAAACCCCCUCUUUUUCUGUUUCUUCUCUUCUGGUGACCGUGAGUUUGACACUGGUGACCCUGAUGGCAUUUCCCCCUUCCCCUUGAGUGAGUUAUUUCCCCACAGUAAGCAUUGGUGUGAUGUUUGUGUGCACGUGUGUGAAAAUCUAGCCUAGCUGAUUAUUAUUACUAUUUUUUCAAGCUUGGAUCUGAUAGCCAAAUGCAAAAGUUCCUGCUUAAAAAUGUGCGUGAUUGCGCGCGGGCCUUGUGCCUGUCAGAAUAAUAUUAAUUAGAAUCGGAUCCGUUUCCUGUUCCGAUGUCUGCAGCCUCACGAGCAUGGAUGAAGUGCUUCUUUUCUCUCUCAGAAUUAAGAAGCAAACAGAGAGGUGGAUUGGCAAUCAGUAGCUAAUAAGGUAUUGAUAGUGUUUAUCAAUAAAUCAUAAAGAACUAAAAACCAAUCGUGUGCUUUAAACAGAAAAAUAAACAAUAUGCAGAUAUCCUCUGAUUCAAGGUGGGUGUCAUUCUAAUCAACGCUAAUGUGCUUAACUUAACCUAUACGAGACGAUGAUGAUGUAAUACCAGCUUGCCAGAGAGCGCGUCUUCACGCGUUGUUUUGAUGUGGGAAGAAACACCAUCAUCACCACCCCCACUCACCGUUUGACCUGCCAUUUGGACGCCUGGUAUGAAAUGACCCCGGCAUUUAAAGCCCCCUCUGCCACUCUCUGAUCUCUGAAGUAGACUUUUGUGAAGCUCUGUAAUAAAAAUAAAUAAAUAAAAUAAA